UUUACAACACAUGAGUCCGCUCGAUUGUGUUCACCUCUGAAUUACCUUUCCGUCUCGUAGUAGCCAAACACUGUUCAGUCGAGACCGAGCUCAUCCGCGAGUUAGUUGAUUUUUCUCAUUCAAAUUCAAAAUGGCUGAUGUACCAAAGCGUGAAGUAGAAAAUGUCGAAUUCGUAUUCGAGGUUAUGGGCUCACCCGGCGAGGGUAUUGAUGCUUUUGAUCUUGGUGAUGCUCUCCGCUCACUGAAUCUUAACCCAACUCUGGCUCUCAUUGAGAAAAUGGGUGGCACAAAGAAACGUGGCGAAAAGAAGCUCACAAUUGAAGAAUUCCUCCCAAUCUACUCUCAAGUUAAGAAAGAGAAAGAUCAAGGCUGCUACGAAGAUUUCAUUGAAUGUUUGAAAUUGUACGACAAGGAAGAAAAUGGCACCAUGCUCCUCGCUGAACUUUCACAUGCCCUCCUUUCCCUUGGUGAGAACUUGGAUGAUGAACAAGUUGAAAUUCUUUUCAAUGACUGUAUGCCCCCAGAGGAUGAUGAUGGCUUCAUCAAAUAUGCCCAAUUCGUCGAGAAAUUGAUGAGCGAUCCAAUCGUCUUUGAGUAAACUCAUUCCUCGCUAAAAUGUGCGAAAGAACAGAUGUCGAACAAUAAAAUAACCAACAUCAACGAAUAAAAACAACAACAACAAGAUCCUUCUCCAUUGAUGUUAUAUCCAUCCAUUUAUUUAUUUACUUAAUUAUUGUUUCUGCUACAUCUACUUCAGCUUUCAUCAUCGAGAAGGAAAACAACAACAACUCUUAAUAAAAAAAAGAUAUAAUUUUAUUUAAAAAACAAAACACGAAAAAAAAAGAAAUUAAAUUAAAAAUUAAAUAUAAAUUUUAUAAAAAACAUUUUGUUUUUUGUUGCUACUUCACCAAAAUACUUAAUAAAUAAAUUCACACAAACAACAACGCCAUCUUCAUGUGAAACAUGAAACUAUAAAAAAAAAAAUACCAUUUGUGGCCGAUAUAAUUGUGUAUAUGAUUUUUAUGAUGCCUUAUAUAAUAUUAAAUACGACUUAUGUA